AUAAAACAGGAGGACCUGAGACGACUCGUAACGUACCUGUCCACUGUGCCCAGUGAGGACGUGUGUAAGAGGGGUUUCACUGUGAUCAUUGAUAUGCGUGGCUCUAAGUGGGACCUGAUAAAGCCGUUACUGAAGACCCUGCAGGAAGCGUUUUCAGCUGAGAUCUGCGUAGCUCUCAUCAUCAAACCAGACAACUUCUGGCAGAAACAGAAGACCAACUUUGGCAGUGCCAAGUUCACUUUUGAGACUAGCAUGGUAUCUGUGGAGGGGUUGACCAAACUUGUGGACCCAUCUCAGUUAACGGAUGACUUUGAGGGAUCUCUGGAAUAUAAUCAUGAGGAAUGGAUUGAGCUCCGUGUCGCUCUCGAGGAGUUCCUGGCCAGCGCCAUUCACCUUCUCUCCCGCCUGGAAGAUCUGCAGGAGAUGCUGGCUAAGAAAGAGUUCCCGGUGGACGUGGAGGGCUCUCGGAGACUCAUCGAUGAGCACACUCAGCUGAAGAAGAAGGUGAUGAAGGCUCCGGUGGAAGAGCUGGACCACGAGGGCCAGAGACUCUUGCAGUGUAUCCGCUCCAGUGAUGGCUUCUCAGGGAGGAACUGUAUUUCUGGAAGUGCCGACUUCCAGAGUGUGGUUCCGAAGAUCGCCAGUCUGCUGGAUAAACUCCACAGCACCAGACAGCUCCUGCACCAGAUGUGGCACCUAAGAAAACUGAAGCUGGAUCAGUGUUUUCAGCUCCGAUUGUUUGAACAAGACGCAGAGAAGAUGUUUGACUGGAUCAGUCACAAUAAGGAAUUGUUUCUUCAGAGCCACACAGAGAUCGGCGUGAGCUACCAGCACGCUGUGGAGCUGCAGACUCAACACAACCACUUUGCCAUGAACUCCAUGAAUGCAUAUGUGAACAUAAACCGCAUCAUGUCGGUGGCGUCGCGGCUGUCGGAGGCGGGUCACUACGCAUCUCAGCAGAUCAAACAGAUCGGCACGCAGCUCGAUCAGGAGUGGAAGAGCUUCGCCGCUGCUCUCGAUGAACGCAGCACCAUCCUCGCCAUGUCUGCCGUCUUCCAUCAGAAAUCCGAGCAGUUUCUGUCUGGUGUGGAAGCGUGGUGCAAGAUGUGCAGUGAGGGCGGGCUGCCUUCAGAGAUGCAGGAUCUGGAAUUGGCCAUUCAUCACCAUCAGACGCUUUAUGAACAGGUCACUCAAGCUUAUACAGAGGUGAGCCAGGAUGGGAAGGCUUUGCUGGAUGUUCUUCAGCGGCCGUUGAGUCCCGUUAACUCAGAGUCUCUGACUGCAACUGCUAACUACUCUAAAGCUGUGCACUGUAUUCUGGACGUGGUCCAUGAGGUCCUGCAUCACCAGAGACGUCUGGAGAGCAUCUGGCAGCACCGAAAAGUCCGUCUGCAUCAGAGGCUGCAGCUCUGUGUCUUUCAGCAGGACGUUCAACAGGUUAUUGACUGGAUAGAGAAUCAUGGAGAGGCUUUUCUCAGCAAACAUACAGGUGUGGGAAAAUCCCUGCACAGAGCCAGAGCCCUGCAGAAACGCCACGAUGACUUUGAGGAGGUGGCACAGAACACCUACACUAAUGCAGAUAAACUCCUGGAAGCGGCCGAGCAGUUGGCCCAGACGGGCGAGUGUGACCCCGAGGAGAUCUAUAAGGCAGCGCGACACCUGGAGGUCAGGAUCCAGGACUUCGUCAGGAGAGUGGAACAAAGAAAACUACUGCUGGACAUGUCCGUCUCCUUCCACACGCACACUAAAGAGUUGUGGACGUGGAUGGAGGACCUGCAGAAGGAGCUUCUAGAAGAAGUUUGCUCUGAUUCGGUGGAUUCGGUUCAGGAGCUGAUCAAACAGUUUCAGCAGCAGCAGACGGCCACGCUGGAGGCCACACUCAACGUCAUUAAAGAGGGAGAAGACCUUAUGCAACAACUCAGAGAUUCAGCGAUGAGCAGUAAUAAGAUGCCUCACACCAGCUCUAUCGCUCACAUCGAGGGCGUCCUACAGCAGCUAGAGGAGGCCCAGGGCCACAUGGAGGAGCUCUUCCACGAGAGGAAGAUCAAACUCGACAUCUUCCUGCAACUGCGCAUCUUUGAGCAGUACACCAUUGAGGUAACGGCGGAGUUAGACGCGUGGAAUGAGGACCUGGUUCGUCAGGUAAACGAGUUCACCGCAGAAGAACCCAGUCUGGCUGAACAGAGACUCCAGCGGCACGCGGAGAGAAAACUGGCCAUGAACAACAUGACCUACGAGGUCAUGCAGCAGGGUCAAGACCUGCAUCAGUACAUCAUGGAGGUCCAAGCUUCAGGUAUUGAGUUGACCAGUGAGAAGGAGGUGGAUCUGGCCACUCAAGUUCAGGAGCUGUUGGAGUUUCUUAAUGAGAAACAGCAUGAGCUGGACGUGAGCGCUGAACACACACAGAAACACUUGGAGCAGUGUGUGCAGCUGCGCCACCUACAGGCUGAGGUUAAACAGGUUCUGGGUUGGAUUCGUAAUGGUGAGUCUAUGUUGGAUGCCAGUAUGGUGAACGCAAGUUCACUGUCAGAGGCCGAACAACUACAGAGAGAACAUGAACAGUUCCAACUCGCGAUAGAGUCUUUGUUCCACGCCAACUCUCUUCAGAAGACCCAUCAGAGCGCACUGCAGGUGCAGCAGAAGGCCGAGAUCAUGUUACAGGCCGGACACUUCGACCCUGAGGCCAUCCGCAGCUGUGCUGAGAAGGUGGCAGUACACUGGCAGCAGCUCAUGCUGAAGAUGGAGGACAGACUCAAGCUGGUCAACGCCUCCGUGGCCUUCUACAAGACAUCAGAACAGGUGUGCAGCGUGCUGGAGAGUCUGGAGCAGGAGUACCGCAGAGAUGAGGACUGGUGUGGAGCUCAUGAUAAACUGGGAUCUUCAGCAGAGAUGGAUCAUGUGCUGCCGCUCAUCAGCAAACACCUGGAGCAGAAAGAGGCUUUUCUCAAGGCAUGUACUCUGGCCAGGCGAAAUGCUGAGGUUUUUCUGAAAUACAUCCAUCGGAAUAAUGUCAGUGCUCAGGGAUCAUCCAGCAACCCCCGCGGUCCCGAGCAACAGGUCAAAGCCAUCCUGAAUGAACUGCUACAGAGAGAAAACAGAGUUCUGCAUUUCUGGACCAUGAAGAAGCGGCGUCUGGAUCAGUGUCAGCAGUAUGUGGUGUUUGAACGCAGCGCCAAACAGGCGUUAGAGUGGAUCGAGGAGGCAGGAGAGGUGUAUCUCGCCUCUCACACGUCCCCUGGAGACUCAGUGGAGAAAACUCAGGAGCUGCUCAAAGAAUAUGAAGAAGUCCGCGUCUCUGCCAAGCAAACUAAAGAGAAGGUGAAGAUGUUGAUCCAGCUGGCAGAUAAUUUUGUGGAGAAGGGCCACACGCACGUCACCGAGCUGAAGAAGUGGGUGACGGCAGUGGACAAGCGCUACAGAGAUUUCUCCCUGCGCAUGGGCAAAUACCGCUGCAGUCUGGAGACCGCUCUGGGCAUCAGCUCUGAGGAUAAUAAGGAUCUGGAGCUGGAUAUCAUUCCAGCCAGUCUGACUGACCCAGAGGUCAAACUGCGUGACCCCAACCACGAGAUCAACGAGGAAAAGAGGAAAUCAGCCCGGAAGAAAGAGUUUAUUAUAGCAGAGCUGUUACAGACAGAAAAGGCUUAUGUGAGGGACUUGCAUGAAUGUUUAGAGAUGUAUUUGUGGGAGAUGACCAAUGGUGUAGAGGAAAUCCCUCCAGGAAUCGCCAACAAAGAGCACAUCAUCUUUGGAAACAUCCAGGAGAUUUACGACUUCCAUAAUAAUAUAUUUCUGAAAGAGCUGAUCAAUUAUGAGCAGUUACCUGAGGAUGUGGGCCAUUGCUUUGUUACAUGGGCUGAUAAGUUUAAUAUUUAUGUGACGUACUGCAAAAACAAACCAGAUUCCAGUCAGCUCAUCCUAGAGCAUGCUGGGAGUUUUUUUGACGAGAUUCAGAAGAGACAUGGUCUGGCCAACUCUAUAUCAUCAUACCUCAUCAAACCUGUGCAGAGAAUCACCAAAUACCAGCUGCUGCUCAAGGAGCUGCUGUCCUGCUGUGAAGAAGGCAAAGGUGAAAUUAAAGACGGGCUGGAGGUCAUGCUGAGUGUCCCAAAGAGAGCCAACGACGCCAUGCACGUCAGCAUGCUGGAGGGUUUUGAUGCGAAUCUGGAUGUUCAGGGUGAACUCAUCCUGCAGGACACCUUCCAGGUGUGGGACCCCAAAUCACUGAUCCGUAAGGGACGAGACCGCCACCUCUUCCUCUUCGAGAUCUCCCUCGUCUUCAGCAAAGAAAUCAAAGACUCGGGACGAUCCAAAUACAUCUACAAGAACAAACUACAGACUUCUGAAUUGGGGGUGACAGAACAUGUGGAAGGAGACCCGUGUAAAUUUGCCCUGUGGGUGGGACGCACACCCUCAUCCGACAACAAGACUGUCCUCAAGGCGUCCAGUAUCGAGGUGAAGCAAGAAUGGAUUAAAAACAUCCGAGAGGUCAUCCAGGAGAGAAUCAUUCACCUGAAGGGGGCGCUGAAGGAACCAAUCCGCGUUCCCAAAACCCCAGCCAAACCCCGUAACAACAGCAAGAGGGAGGCUGGUGAGGAUGCUGACAGUCAGGGAGAUGGCAGCAGUCAGCCGGACACAAUCUCCAUCGCAUCCAGAACCUCUCAGAACACUGUGGACAGUGACAAGCUCUCCGGAGGGUGCGAGCUGACGGUGGUCCUGCAGGACUUCGUGGCGAGUGGCGCGUCUGAGCUCAGCGUCCAGACCGGUCAGACGGUGGAGCUGUUGGAGCGGCCCAGCGACCGGCCGGGAUGGUGUCUGGUCCGGACCACAGACAAGAGCCCUCCUCAGGAGGGACUGGUGCCCAGCAGUGGUCUGUGUAUCUCUCACUCUCGCAGCAGUGUGGAGAUGGACUGCUUUUUCCCAGCAGGCAAAGAAAACUAUGCAGUUAGCGGCCCAGAAGGGAAGACGGAGUCUGUGACCACACUGCAGCCGCAGGCGUCCCUGAACUCCCUGCAGAGCAGCUCCCCUGGACCCAAGCGCUCUGGAAAUACACUGAAGAAGUGGUUGACCAGCCCUGUCCGGCGCCUCAGUCACGGCAGCAACAUCAAGAAGAUCCCUAGCAAACAGAAGCAGAAACGUGAUGGACGAAAGAGCAUAGAUCUGGGGCCGCCUGAACUACAGGAUGACACCCUGGAGGAGAAAGUGCGUAAAGAAGGAACACUCUCCAAAUCUUCAUCAGGGAUGCACAGCGGAGGAGAGGAAGAGCCUGAGGACGAGUCUCACACUCCCCUCCCUCCACCAAUGGAGAUCAUCAAAGACCCGUCUGCGCAGGAAGAGAAGACGCUGGAGCCAGGCUCGUACCCAGCAUUCAGUUCAGUGAACCCAGCAGAGCAGAGCCCAGCGCCACCCAGAAACCCUGAACUGGAGCAGAAAGCCAAAGCACUGCGUGGACGAAUGUUUGUUGUGAAUGAAUUAAUCCAGACAGAAAAAGACUACGUGAAAGAUUUGGGUAUCGUGGUUGAGGGGUUUAUGAAGAGAAUAGAGGAGAAAGGAGUUCCUGAUGAUAUCAAAGGAAAAGACAAGAUCGUCUUUGGAAACAUUCACCAAAUCUACGACUGGCACAAAGAUUUUUUUGUUGGCGAGCUGGAAAAAUGUCUUGAAGAUCAUGAAAAACUGCCUGGGCUGUUCAGUAAACAUGAGAGAAGACUGCACAUGUAUGUGGUUUACUGCCAGAACAAACCCAAAUCUGAAUUCAUUGUUGCAGAAUACGAUUCAUACUUUGAGGGGAUUCAACAAGAUGUCAACUCAAGACUGAGCAUCAGUGAUUUUCUCAUUAAACCCAUUCAGAGAAUUACUAAAUACCAACUGCUACUAAAGGACUUCCUGAAGUACAGCGCGAAGGCAGGGUUGGAUUGUCAGGAUAUAGAGAAAGCAGUAGACCUGAUGUCCCAGGUGCCCAAGCUGUGCAAUGACAUGAUGAACCUGGGAAGACUGCAGGGAUUUGAGGGGAAGCUGACGAGUCAGGGAAAGCUCUUGCAGCAGGAGACGUUCUUUGUGACGGAGCAGGACUCUGGCGUUCUGUCCCGCAGUAAAGAGCGCAGGGUCUUCCUGUUUGAACAGAUCGUCAUCUUCAGCGAGCUCUUACGCAAAGGCUCGUCCACGCCAGGAUACCAGUUUAAAAAGAGCAUCAAGGUGAGCUUCCUCGGCCUGGAAGAGCAUGUUGAAAACGAUCCCUGUAAGUUUGUGCUGUCGUGUCGCGGCUCAGCCGAACGGUUCACCCUGCAAGCCGCAAACACGGACAUUAAACAGGUCUGGGUUCAGCAUAUCACCGAGCUACUAGACUUACAGAGCAACUUCUUGUCAGCUCUGCAGUCUCCCAUCGAGUAUCAGAAGGAGCGCAGCGGCUCUCAGUCUCUGACCCGAAACUCCUCCAGCGGUGGGCGAGUGGGUCAGGCCAACAGCAGGCCCAGCUCCACUGUGUCUCUCGGGGCAGAGAAACCCUCUCUGUCUGGACGGAGCUCCACUCCCAUAAAGCUAACUACCUCCAGCAGUGGUCCAUGCCACGACAGAUACCACAGGCAGUUUGACGGUGUGGGCUGUAACGGUACGUCGUCCUCCCUGAUGGUGACUCAGGACUAUAAUGCACUGAAAGAGAACGAGAUCUGCGUCACGCAGGGUGAGACUGUGCAGAUACUGGCCACUAACCAGCAGAACAUGUACCUGGUGUACCGACCCGCUAACAGCCAGUCGCCGGCCGCGGAGGGCUGGGUGCCAGGACACAUCCUGGGCCCCCUCGCUAAACCCCUCAUAGACACUACUGCAGACUCAAACAUCAAGAAAUCUCUCUCGUGGAACACGCUUCGUGCUCGCAAGCGUGCAGAGAAGGACAGUGCGCCCCUCAAAAGUGACAUUAAAGUUGAGAAUGGACUGCGUAAGCCAAAGGAAAUUCUCAGCAGCAAAGUCACUGUGAAAGAUACCCGCAGCUCGGAUGAGUCCGAUUGUGAGGAUGAACUAGACCCCAAAACUAGUAUGGAGUUACUGAACCCUAAUUUCAUCCAAGAUGUGGCUCCGGAGUUCCUGACGCCUCUAGCGGACGUGACGUGUGCUCUGGGGGAGACAGUGGUCCUGUGCUGUAAAGUCUGCGCUCGACCCAAGCCCACAAUCACCCUGAAAGGACCCGAUCAAAGUCUGCUGGUCAACAAUAACCGAUUCACGAUCAAUAUCAGGGAAUCAGGUGAUAUAGUGCUGAAGAUCUGUAAUCUGAUGCCUCAGGAUACUGGUAUCUACACGUGUGUGGCUGUGAAUGAUCAUGGCACUGCCUCCUCAUCUGCAUCUAUUAAAGUACAAGGUAUCCCAGCAGCCCCUGCUCGGCCUGUUGCACAGGAAGCCAGCAGCACCGCAGUGAUUGUCCACUGGCUUCCUCCAGCCAGCUCAGGAAACUCUGCCAUCUCCAGCUACACUGUGGAAUACAGGCAGGAAGACUCUCUGGUGUGGCAGCAGUCGGUGGUCUCCACUGCAGACGUGUGUGUGAAGAUUGAGAAUCUGAUUCCUGGUGGCCAUUAUCAGUUCAGAGUCAGUGCCAGUAACCCCUGGGGCAUCAGCCCACCCAGUGAACCUUCAAACAUGGUGACAUUACCCAGCACAGCCUCGACAUAUGACGGCACUGGAAUCCAGUGGAAAGACAACUUUGAAUCUGCAUUUACAGAAUUAUGUGAAAUUGGACGGGGUCGUUUCUCAGUGGUGAGGAAGUGUCUCAGUAAAGCCAGUAAGAAGGAGGUUGCUGUGAAGUUUGUCAAUAAGAAGAUGCAGAAGAAAGAGCAGGUGGCCCAUGAGGCUGAUAUCCUGCGUCACGUCCAGCAUCUGCAGCUGGUGGCGCUGAUUGAUACCUAUGAGUCUCCCACGGCCUACAUGCUGGUUCUUGAGCUGGUUGAGGAUGGGCGUCUGCUGGACUAUCUGGUGGCUCACGAUGAGCUGAUGGAGGAGAAGGUGGCAUUCUUCAUUAAAGACACUCUGGAAGCUCUGCAGCACCUGCACACAUGCAGAGUAGCUCACCUGGACCUCAAGCCUGAAAACCUGUUGGUGGACCUCCAUGUGCCGGUGCCCUGCGUGAAGCUCUCAGAUCUGGGCGAUGCUGUACAGGUUUCGGGUCACCGCUACGUGCAUCUCCUCCUGGGGAACCCGGAGUUUGCCGCUCCAGAGCUCAUCCAGGGCACCCCGGUGUCCCUGUCCACAGACAUGUGGAGUGUAGGGGUGCUGGCCUACGUCAUGCUCAGCGGAGUCUCCCCGUUCCUGGACGAGAGCCUGGAGGAGACCUGCGUCAACAUCUGCAGGCUGGAUUUCUGCUUUCCUGAGGAGUACUUCAGUGAUGUUAGCCAGGCCGCCAAAGACUUCAUUGUGUCCACGCUUCACCAGGACCCCAGGAAGAGGCCAAGCUCAGCUACAUGUCUGCAGCAUCCGUGGGUCAGCGCUCAUAGUGGAGAUUACUCCAAAACACCACUGGACACUGUCAGACUCGCUGCGUUUAUAGACCGACGCAAACAGCUACAUGAUGUCAGACCUGUGACGAACGUUAAAGGACUGGUCAGCAGCAGUAUGGGACACACCUUAUGAGACGAGAACGUGGGCUAGAGGAAAGAGGUUCUAGCAUGUUACAUGCUCUAUGUCAACAAUAGAUGUCAUUUACAUUAUAUAUCAUAUCAUUAGGAAUGUGCACUUACUGUACACAGUGUUUCCUGUAGCGUUUAUUGGCCUGCUCCAUUAUGACUUGUGGCCCGGGGAGUUAAUAGAUUGGUAUGGAAUUGUGGGAAUUGCAGGAAUUGCAGAGCUAGGAGUAGUAACAUCAUUGAAUGUCAUAUUAAGGCUUAAAGUGAUGUGUUUUAGCGCUUUCAGAGUCCUAAACAGACCAGUAGUUGGGUGUUGUUGUAUGUUCAGUUGUAUUGCGGGGUUUUACAGGAAAAGUUUAACCAAAAACUAGAAUUCUGUCAUCACUUACUCGUGCUGUUCCAGAUUCAUAAGAUGUGCUAAAACAAAACAAGUUUUAGUCUUUUUUUAUUCAAUGAAAGUCAAAUUUCAUGCUUGUUCACAUAUAUUCAAAUAUGGCACAUCAGGUUUGAUAUCUAUGAUGCUGAAUGGCUUUGGUUGUCUCGUUUAUCAUAACCAAUUGCAACAUGCCAGUUUGAAUAUGCGUAAGUGCAAAUGCUAUUUUAGAAGUCCCAUGGGAAGAGAACAGUCAAUUCCUCAAUUUUAUGAUACUUUUAGCUCAUAUUUGGAGCUUAGCAUACAUCAGUACUCAUUUAAUUUCAAAUUCAAAUAUGGGUUUGGAGCGACAUGAGUAAAUUAAUGAUGACUGAAUGUAAUACAAUGUGGUUGACGAUUGGAUGUGAAAAGAAAUUUAGUGAUCCAACAUCUUGCAGCAGAUAUAUUUUUCACAGGAUCAUUAAGAUAAUUUAAAGAAUGUAGAAUAUUUGACAGGUAAGAAUUAUUGUACAAAUACCUGCAUGUAGAAAUAACUGAUCAUCCACAUUUAACCUGUUAUGUAUUCCGUUUUCAUAGUAUGGGGUCAUGAGUAUCAUCGUCAUUAGGCAUAAUGAGGAAUUUGAAUGUCUUAAAAUUAAUUGAAUAAAAUUUUGUUUUCUUAUUUGUCUAAGUUGAAAUGACAAUAAUUUGCGGACUAAAAUUAUUACAGUUCAGCACUUAU